GUCAGAUUGAGCAGCAGCAGCGGGAGGAGGAGGAGGAUGAGGGCAGCACACAGGAGCGCGGGGAGCGAAGAAGAGGGUGAAAACUGACCGUUAAGUUAAAACAAUUCAUUGGAAACGAUGUUUUAAAAACGGAAUUUUCCUUCGGCGGCAUUUGACGCAAUGGACGCGGUAACAGGAGCGGAGAACCGCGAUACCUAACCGUCAGUGACGUCACAACAGUUGAUGCCGACUUCUCGCCUCGGGCUGUUUUUUUUCCCUCCUGGAUUCUUCUGGAUUCUGGAGUUCAUGGAUGUGUUUCAACUUCACUGUGAUUAAAACAACAAACCAGCAAACAACAUGUAUGCAGGACGCAAAAGAAGAAAACCAGCACAGAGGGGAGUCAAACCGACCCCUCCUGAAGGAGCCAAGUCCAAUCCAUCCAAACGCCACCGUGACCGCCUGAACUCCGAGCUGGACCGGCUCGCCAGCCUGCUGCCUUUCCCCGAAGACGUCAUUUCCAGCCUGGACAAACUGUCCAUCCUGAGGCUCAGCGUCAGCUUCCUGCGCACCAAGAGCUUCUUCUCAGUUGCAUUGAAGAAACAACUGUCCAACAGUCUGACAAAGAGCAGUGAACGCAGUGACCAUGACGGCAAGAUGGUGGUUGCUACAGACCAGCACAUACCUGAGGGGGAGUUGCUGAUGCAGGCCUUGAAUGGCUUUGUCCUGGUGGUGACAGCUGAGGGAAUUGUCUUCUUCUGCUCCCACACCAUCCUGGAUUACCUUGGCUUCCAUCAGACUGAUGUGAUGCAUCAGAGUGUGUUUGAGCUGAUCCACACUGAAGAUCAGCAGGAGUUCAGGAGGAACCUGCACUGGGCCCUCAACCCUCCUGCUGGCCAAGGAACCCCCACAGAUUCCCCGACUGAUGGUGAAUCGGCGUCUUCUUGCCUGGUGAGCUACAACCCUGACCAGCUUCCACCUGAGAACUCCUCUUUUCUGGAGAGAGGCUUUGUCUGCCGCUUCCGCUGUUUGUUGGACAACUCCUCUGGCUUCAUGGCAUUGAAUAUCCAAGGUCGGUUGAAGUUCCUCCACGGUCAGAGUCGUCAGCAUCGCAACAGCGAGGCAAGUGCGCCUCCUCAGCUCGCCCUCUUUGCCAUCGCCACACCCAUCCAGCCUCCAGCCAUCUUGGAAAUCAGAACGAGGAACAUGAUCUUCAGGACCAAACACAAGCUCGAUUUCACACCCAUGGCCUGUGACGCAAAAGGCAAAGUUGUCCUGGGCUACACUGAGGCGGAGUUGAGGGUUCGAGGCUCGGGUUACCAGUUCAUCCACGCGGCUGACAUGUUGUACUGCGCCGAAAACCACGUUAGAAUGAUGAAGACGGGCGAGAGCGGCCUCACUGUCUUCAGGCUGCUCACCAAGGACAACCGGUGGAAGUGGGUCCAGGCCAACGCCCGGCUUGUCUACAAAAACAGCAAACCGGACUACAUCAUUGCCACCCAGAGACCUCUGGCCGAGGAGGAAGGAGGGGAACAGCUGAGGCAGAGGUCCAUGCACCUUCCUUUUACCUUUGCCACUGGCGAAGCGAUGCUCUACCACACCAGUUAUCCACUGCACGGCUUCCCUGAUUCCUUCCAAGGCAAAGCCAAAGGCAGCAAGCCCAAAAAGGGCAAACUAGACAAGAGCUCAGCAGAUGACCUGGACCCAAAGUCCCUGCUGGGAGCCCUGAUGAGCCAGGAUGAGUCUGUGUACGUCUGCCAACCAAACAUGGAGCCUGAAAUGUCCCACCACAGCAGCCUUAUUAGUGAACAGCAAAGCAAGACUGAGGGCUUUAGUGGUUUAUUAGGUGGUGGGGAGACGGGGACAUGUAAUGGUAAAACGUCCAGUUAUGAUCCCCUGCUGGCCACCUUGGACUCUUUGUCUCUUGACAGUGAUGAGACGUGCUCCAACAGUGAGCUCUUUAACGCGCUGGAGAAUCUGGGCCUGAAUGCUGAAGACUUGGAGCUCCUGCUGCUGGAUGAGAGGAUGAUCCAGGUGGAGCUGGACCCCAACCACAUCCCCACCCUCAGUGACCUUCUCACCAACAAUGAAAUCCUCUCCUUCAUUCAUGAAUCCCUGGAGAGCUGCACUGAAGGAGAGGAACGUGGUGAGACAAGCGGAUUUGGACUUUCAAGCCAUCCACCAACCCAACCAAACCCCGACUCGGAUCCCAAUGUCUCCCAGAAUUCACUUGCUGCCCCUUCAGCUGUGUCUAUUUGCAGACAGCCCAUUGUCCAGCUGUCACAGCAGAUGCAGCAGCACAUCAGCGCCAGUGAGCAGGUGGAAGCUCAGCUGGGGCCGAUUCAGUCUGUCGCUCAGCCUGGAGCUGCGGACACCAACACUUUACCUGGGAUCCCAAAUGGACACUGGUUAAUCACAUCAGAAAGCCUCCAUAACACUAACAACCACAACCAUCUCCACCAACAUACUGCACGUAAAGCCUCACAGCUAAACAGUGAACACAAACAGUGGCAGCUCCAACAGGAGCAGCACUCUGUCCAACUCCAGUGCCAUCAGCAGGAAAACAGUCAGACUCUGUCUCUGGUGCCUGGUUUCCAAAAUCAGCUCGAACUGACAACAAGCAGAUCUUACAUCCCAAAUGGACACUCAGCCUUUCCACCAAACAUGGAGGUCAGUCACACAGGUUAUAGCACCUCCAACACUACGUCGUAUGCAGGCGGCACGGUACAGAACGGUGACGUCUGUCACUUUAAGCUGCAGAGUCACCACAGACAUCAGCAGAUGUUGCAGGAGACUCACUUCCCUCUAGGCCAGAGUUCUACACUUGAUUUGGAGCAGUUCUUGGGUCUUUCCCAGCUGCAGCACAGUCUGCCAUCUUUACAGGCAUGCAGCGUGUUCAGCACCAGUGCAGAGGAUGCCACGCACAGCAAGCUUGAGAAUGGCUCCCACCUCAGUGCCACCAACGCAGCAUCAACGUACAUCAAGGCGUGCCUGAUGCCCAGCGGAAACGCCGCGGCGACGGACGACAUCUCUGUCUCGUGUCCCGAAGGACUCGCCGCUCGACAGGACCCGCAGAAAUCAGAAUUCUUCCUCUGAAAAGACGAUGGGUAAAUGGUCAGACGAGGGCUUGAAGAGAAGGUACAGAAGGAAAAAAAGAGAGAAAAUAAGGACUGUUUUCAUUUCUUAUGCCAAGGUGAGACAUCACACAACCAUGAAUCUAAUAAAUAGUGAUUUAUAUACAAAAACAUCAACCUGGACGAUAAAACGACCUUAAACAGCGAGGGUUUUUACUUAAAUAAGCACUUAAUAAGAAUAGUCAGCUGUUGUUGAUGCUCCAAAAAUGAAAUCAGAUGUUUCACAUUGACUCAGCGACUCCCAGCUCUGACAAUCUAUAUCUGCUGAAGUAAAGUGUGACUUUUAUAACAUUUCACAGGGUUCGUACGGGUGCUUGAAACCCUUGAAAAUGCUUGAAUUUUAAAGAUGUGUUUUCAAGGAUUGAAAAAUGCUAAAAACGCUUCAAAUACUGACUGAAUUGCUUUACAAAAAAUAGCUUAUUGGCUGAAUAGUUGGUCUAGCUGGGUUUGGACCUCGCAUGUGUGACUAUUAUAAAACAGGAUGUUGGUUGUUUUUAGCUAAAUUCCAUCUCUUUUUUUGCAAAGGAAAGAGUGAAAUAAUCAUCUUGAGUUUGUGUAUAUGUUCAUAUAAAUCUAACACAGCUGCAAGGUGCUGGAAAAGCAUUAAAAAUAAUCUUUAAAGUGCUUGAAAAGGUGAAUGAACCAUGAUUGUUGCUUUGUUAAACAAUCACAAACACUGAUGUUAAUAUGUUUUACCACAUAUUAUCUGCUACUGCUACAACCACUUGACUGAAAAAAAACAAACACUAAAAUCUGUAGCGAUACAAGAAAUAUCUAACAAACUGUAGAUUUUACAGUGAUUUAAACACAAGCAUUUGAAGCGCGGAGUUUUUAGAACAUGCUGCUUUUCUUUUGGCCACACGUCUGCUGGUUAUUAUUAUUUGUUUCUCCUCACAUCGAGGAUUGUUUAAAGUCAUUUAAAGUGAAAGAAGCCAUGAGAUUUAGACUGAACACACAAUAACGACAUAGUAUUAGGGCCUUACUGAACAUAAUGUUAUUUUCAAGCCAAAUCUUAGUCAAGAUAAAGAUCUACUUUAGUUUGGGCUUCACAAAUAAGGAAAUAUUGAAUCUUUUACACAUUUACUAAUGUAUUUACUAAUAUAAGCACUUUUGAAACGAUCGUGUGAGAAACUGAGUCACUUCUGAAGAAAGAAUCGCAUAAUGAGUGAUUUUUGGAUCCAGAAGAUGUGGAAUUGAGGCACGAUAACCUGAAGCAUGGUAAUCACAAUUAAUUGCAGCACUGACUGAAUUAGUGGUCACGUCAUGUGGACGGAGAGGCGUAGGCUAAUAGAAGAAGUGAAGAAAAAAGUCAUAAAUUGUGUAAUAUUCCCACUCCUUUCUUCGGUACGGCCCUAACACUCCCGUCGUAAACAACCGAUUAUUUAAGCAUCUGUUUUCAUUUCUCACUUAGAAGUAGCUAAGUAUUAGGGUGAGUAGAUGUCGUUUACAUGUCAACAAAAACAGCGUUUUAUUGUGAUUUUUUUUUUUCAUUUAGUCGAGAAUGAUAUUUAUUGCUGCAGCUGCUCCGUCACAGCAUUUAUCCUCAUGCUGCAUUUUUAGCCUACUCUAGGUUUACAGCGAUGUCGUGCACUUAACAUGUACAGCAUUUUACCGACACAAAUCAGAAGACGAUCUGAUUUGUGGCACUGAAAUGAAGAAGAGAAAAAAAAAUGAUAGCAUUUUUGUUUCCUGACAGGAGACGGUGGUGUGAAAUCUCCCUUUAAUGCCUUGUGUCCUAGUCUGACUACACUGACUUGUAUCCUGCAGUCGUGUCAUGUGGGAAACACUCGAGUGCACUUACAUGCAAACACAGUAAUCCAUUAAGAACCCAGCUGUAAAUAAUACAUUGCAAGUGAAGGUGAAAGAGCAGGCACAUGUCAGAGUUUCUCAGCUUUUGUUUUGUCUGUAAUCACACGUUUAAAAUAUCUGCACUUCAAUGUGUGUGUGGGGGGGG